CUUCUUCUUCUUCUUCUUCUGCUGCUGCUUGUCCUCCAUUGUUCCUGCUUGUUCGAGUCUUUUAGAAGUACUCGUCCCAACAACAAUGGAGGACAACAGACGAAUCGAAACAGAAGAUCACCAAGAAUUCGAAGAAGACGAAGGAAUGGAAUCGUUGAAUAGAGGCGAAAUUGAUAGUUUGUUUUGCCCUAUUUGCUUUGAAGCUUGGACUAGCGGUGGAGAGCAUCAAAUCUGUUGUCUUCCUUGUGGGCAUAUAUAUGGAUUCUCAUGUAUAAAUAAAUGGCUUAAACGAAGUCCAAAUUGUAGGAAGUGCCCUCAAUGCAAGAAGUUAUGCAAAUUGAAGGAUGUCAGGGUUCUUUAUGCUGCUAGGCUUUGUGUAGCUGAUGAAGAGUUACAGAAGAGAGUGAUCACACUUGAAGCUGAAUGUGCUUAUUUAAAGCAAAGCCAUAAGAGUGUAUAUGAACGUGUGCUUGAGGAGAUGCGCAAUGAAAUGGAUGAAAAAUCUAUGGAACUCAAGGGCAAAUUUCGGGAAAUAUGUGAGGAAAUGGACGCUAGACAUAAACUAAAUGAAGCAAGAUGUGAAGCACUUGAAAAGAUGUUUCCAGAAAUGCCAAAUAUGAGAGGAAAUUGAGAAAUUUGGUACUUUGUAUUUUUUGAUAUCGAAUGUGAAUGAAUAAAGAUGCUUCCUUUAAGUAAUUCCCUUCCUAUUGUAUAUCACUUUCU